GCAGAAGAACUCAGAUAAAUAAAUGUAAUAAAUGUAAUUCCACAAAUGGAAAUAUAUUAAAGAAAUUUAUAUUGAACAUGACUGACAGUUUUGGUGUUAUGACACAGAAUUUGAACACAUGGAUAGGCAAAGGCAGGCAGAGCUCAUGUCUGAUUGUAACACCUAAAGCAGCAACUUUACCCCCCAGAUAUUGCAAAGUCAAAUACAUUUAGUGGACUGAGACGGAAGCUGACUAAUGGGUCGAGAGUAAGUGAGGAUGUGCUGAGGUUCGUGUGACGGGGGAGCCACCUGGGAGGACGCUCCUCAGCGCCUCUAUAUAAGACUGAGCACAUCAAAAGGGGACCAUGAAACAGCUUCAGAAGCCAAGAAAGAAGCACGGCCAAUCAGCGCACUUUACAUCCCCCACUCUCAGACUCUCGACAGAUAGGAGAACAGAAGCUCAAACAAUGAAAAGCGCUCACUCUUUGGCUGCGCUCCUGCUUCUCAUCAUCAUCCAAAGCAGCUGGCAGAUGCCUGACCAAGACACAGACCGAAACUCCAUGCUACUGAAUGAAAACUCCAUGUUGACCGAACCCAUCGAGCUGCCAAACCUGAAGAGACAUUCAGAGGGAACAUUUUCCAAUGACUACAGUAAAUACCUGGAGACAAGAAGAGCACAAGAUUUUGUCCAGUGGCUAAAGAACUCAAAAAGGAACGGGAGUCUAUUCAGGCGCCAUGCAGACGGCACCUACACCAGUGACGUGAGCUCCUACCUGCAGGACCAGGCAGCCAAGGAGUUUGUGUCCUGGCUGAAGACCGGCCGAGGCAGAAGAGAGUAAACCAGAGCGCCCCGACAGUCCCUUAAAUAAUGCAACAAACCACACCGACUCUGUGCUAUUAUAUGUUUCACACUAUGUAUUAGCCUCUUUUUCUUGGUCAGGAUGUUAAAGCCUCCCCCACAGAAGAAGCUCUGUCAGCCUUCAGUGGUAGAAGGAUGUUGUCAGAAAAGCAGAAACGCUACAGUCUGUUUGAAAUGUGUCUCAAUCAUAAAUCCUUUGUGAAUUUUUAUCAAGCAUUCAUGUCACGAUUAAUUUUUUUUUCCCCCACACCUCACGUUUUGGCAUUUUCCAUCCUCACAUAAGUCUGUACAAAUAUCUAACAAUCACAUUAUUUAUCUGAUUUGCAGUUUGGAUAAUUACAUCUGUAGAUAGUCUCAAUUUUCUUAUUAUUCAGAUUAAAGUCAU